AUGAUAGUGCGUGAUCUACUUGCAUUGAUUCAAAUCAUAUUCAUUAUUAUCUAUUUUGAACAUAUUGAUGGUAAAUCCAAUGAAUGUUUCGAUCAAGAAUAUUCACCUUUAUGUUUCUGCCGUUCGUUCUAUCGAAAUUCUAUAUUAGCUGAUCUAUUUCUUUCUAAACUCUUUCUUUUUCAAUGUGAUGAUUCUCGCUCUAUUCGUCGAUGUCAUCAAAGUCAAUUUCAUUCAACUUCAUUUAAUCUUACUCAACUCAUACCAACAGUCGCUAAUCUUUCACAUUGUCAAGAAGAUCGACGUUGCCUUCGUACAUUACAGUCUACACAACAUUGCCAACAAUGUCACAUAGUACCAUCAUCACUUACACAUAAUAGUUCCUAUUCGAUUAAUGAAACCAUAACUAAUCUAUGCUUUUAUCUAUGUUCACAUGAUAAAUCAUGUGGUUUUCUUUGUCUACAUCGACAUGUCAUUGUAUCGGUUCAUUGUCAUAGAUGUCGAAGAUCAAGACAGAAUGUUACCUGUCGUUGUAUUAAACUUAAGAAGUCGUCAACAUGUUUGGAAUCAUCCUACGAAAGUACAACAGAACGUUGGAUGCAAAAGCGUGGUUUUCCAGCAGCGGGAAUUCUUGCUAUGCUUGUUCUAGCCGCCAUCUUAUUAGUUUUCGCAAUCAAACUAAUCUAUCAUCAAAUUGAUGCAUUAAGACGACAUUAA